AUGGAUGAUCCCAAGGUUUCCCCAUCGCAAAUGAUGGACAGAGUCGAUGAGGCUGCGGCUGCUGUGUCUUCUGCCGAAGGGGAGAAGUCUUCUCUUGGUGGUGAAGUUUUCGAGGGCGUGGACCCUGCCGGCAACUCCGGGCUUGUGAAACAUCCUUUCAACUUCAAUGAGGUGCCCAGCCCGGUUUUCCAAGAUCAAGGCUCGUCCUCCACUACGAAGCUCAAGGCCAAGGACAAGGCCAAGGACAAGGUCAAGACGAAGGACAAGACCAAUUCGAACGUCAUUCCCAAGAAGAAUAGGAGGGGAAGAGCGCACAGCACUGAGGACGAGGACACGGAUUCUGAGAUGUCGUCCGAUAAAAACAAGACCAAGUCCAAGGCCAGCUCGAAGAAGGCUGGGAAGAAGAGAGCACGUACCCCUGAGGAUGAGGGGUUGGAUCCUGAGAUGGCGUCCGGGAUAGGCUCUGCGAAAAAGAAGCGCGAGGUAACGGGUGUUGCUGAAUCGCCAUCCUCUGGCAUGAUGAAGUACGAUAUGGCCAACUACCAACUGUACAAUCCAGCAGUGAAAAAUCGCGGCAUCCACUACGACUCCUAUACCCUGUUCAUGGUCCCUGGUAAUAAAUCCAUCGACAAAAUCCCUGCGAAAGGUGUACGCCUGGAUGACCUGAAUGUUGCUAUUGUUAUUGAAUCUGGAGAGCUGGCCAGGAAGCAACGGAACGAGAAUUGGAAGGCUGAAUUCGAUAUAAAGGGGAUGGUCCGUGGGUUACGUGUUCCUCUUGGACAUGCUGCCAAAGAAUUCAAGAAGAAGGGAGACGUGGACAUCGAUGGAAAUGUGCUUGAGGAUGCUGACGAAGGCUGA